UAACCUCCUUCAUUACCAUUACCUUCCUCCUGACUUCAACCACUCUCUCCGGUUCUGUCUCACUGCUCCAUCUUCGUCUCGCUGGUCCAGUCCCGAAGAUCACCGUUCCAUCUUAGCCAUGCCCACCACAACUCUCCCUGGCGGCUCUAGCUCUCCCAGCUUCAAUGUCCCUCAUAGUGUUAGGACGAAAAAGCUAAAUGGGCAGCAAAAAAAGGAAGAAAUAGAGAAAGAGGUGUGGAUGUUACGAGAGAUGCUGGAUCAAGAAGAAAAGACACGUGAGAUAUUGGAACAAGUCCAAAAACAUCAACUUCCUUCUUCUUCCUCUUCCAUUACUCUUCCUUCUUCUCUCCCUCCUAAGAUGAAGGAACUAAUAACGGAACUAUCGAUAGUAGAAGGAGAAAUCUCAAGACUAGAAGUUCAAAUAAGCCAUCUUCAGAUCAAUCUCAAGCAAGAACAAGACGAAACUUUGAAACAAGCUACAACAAGUUCAUCAAGACGAGCAUGGCAAACUAGUGAGAGUUACGAUGACGACAGCAUAAGCCCUUAUCAAGCUCCAAUAUUACCAAAACUAUACCCUAAGCUCCCACCUCCGAGCCCUAUGGUGAACAAAGCCAUGAUGAAGAGUGAAAACAACAACAACAACAACACUAAAGUUACAACUAGUCAUCAUCAAGAGAAUGCGACAUUUGGUACAAAGACGCUGCAUUUCAUCAACAAGGCUAUAAAAGGGGAUUACGACAGCUUUCACAAGUCUAACGAGAAAGUUGGAAUCGUUGAGAAGGAAAAUCACCGGUCAGUCCACCAACAUGAAAAUAAGCUGCAAGAGAGUAGAAAUAUGAAGAAGGUUAGGACGAUGAAGUCGCCUUCACCUCUACGUGAACCUAGAUAUGCCUCUCCUAAUAAGCCUAAUAAGGAUCGUGUAGCACUUGAUACAUCAUUAGACAUGCCACCAAAAUCUCUAUCGAGCACAAUCUUGAUGGAAGACGGCCAAAACAUACAGAAGUGGCACCCAAAUAAGCUCGCCGAGAACAUCAUGAAGUGUCUCAAUUUCAUCUACGUUCGCCUGCUCAGAACCACGAGAGUCAUGGAGCUAGAGAAAACGGGACCAAUCUCGAGAUCAACUAAUUUCUCGAGCUCAAGAAGCUUUAGGGUCGACAAUGCAACCUCAAGCUUGUCUAAAUCCAUGAAUCUUGUGUCUUACAAGGAAUCAAGACAACAAGAUCCUUAUGGAAUAUUUGAUGUAGAAACAUCUCUGGCUAGAGACAUUGGUCCUUACAAAAAUCUUGUUAUCUUCACUUCAAGCUCUAUGGAUUCCAAGUGCAUUUCAAGCUCUAGCUCCGUUUCUUUAAUCCAAAAACUCAGGGUACUGAUGAACAAUCUUGAGACAGUGGAUCUAAGAGUGUUGAGCCAUCAACAAAAGCUAGCAUUUUGGAUCAACAUGUUUAAUGCUUGUAUUAUGCAUGGAUAUCUACAACAUGGAGUUCCAAAAACAGCUGAGAAAUUGCAAUCUCUUGUUUACAAUAAGGCUACAAUGAAUGUUGGAGGCAAAAACAUAAGUGCGUAUAGCAUUGAGCAUUGUAUCCUUAGGAAGUCUACAACUUCUACCAUGACUCAGGAUCGACACGAAGAAAUGAUUAUCCGUAAACUAUAUGGCGUAGAAGCAACGGAUCCUAACAUCACAUUUGCUCUCUCUUGUGGAACUCGAUCAUCUCCUGCAGUGAGGAUAUACACUGGCGAAGGAGUGACAACGGAGCUAGAGAAAUCGAAGCUGGAGUAUCUGCAAGCCUCGGUGGUGGUUACGGCGACCAAACGGAUAAGCUUGCCGGAACUUCUAGUGAAACACGCGGCGGACUUCGUGGUUCCGACGGCGAAUGGCGGUGGAGAGGUGGAGCAGUUAGGAUCUCUGGCGAAAUGGGUUUGCAACCAAUUACCAACGUCUGGAUCACUGAGGAAGUUAAUGGUGGAAUGUUUUAAGAGUAACACCAAAGCUUCUUCGUCCUCUCCGGUCGUGGAGAAGACCCCUUAUGACUUCGAGUUUCAGUAUCUUUUAGCCAUUUAGAGUAUACACUACUACUACUACUACUACUACUAGCUACACUAUAAUUUUUUAUUCGUUUAUAAUUUGUGAAAAUGUUUGUGUGUGUUUUCAAAUAAAUGUAUCAGAGCCUUGUAUAUUGUUUUGUAUGUGAAUGUUAUACUGAUCAUGUAUAUAUAUGUUUAAUC